AAUAUCAAAGUGGCAAUAUUGUUUUACGUAUAUUUGUAUCUCCUAUUCAGGAGACCUGAAAAAUAAAAUUCAGCUGUAGUUCUUCCAAAAUAUUUGGAAAAAAUUGUUAAUAAAAGUGCAUUUUACAAGAACCGCCUCCAGAAAUAUGACUGGCACAAGAUUUGCUCGCACAGGACGUUGCCGGUUUUUUGUGUGCUUAGCUGUACUGACUGCGAUGCUUUGUAUGGUGGCGAUUUUUCACAGUUCUCAACAACAAUUGGAUGAGACACGCGAGCAACGCUUACGUUGCGAAAGGCAACAGGAACAACUAAAUGAGCAACUUCAAAAUAUGGUGGAACAAAAAUACAAUCAACAAAAAACGUUGGAACAAGAGCGAAAUGAACAAAUGGAAGCUCGGCAUAAUUUGGAACAGAAACUUAAAGAACUGACUAUAUUGCGAACAAAUGAACAAAUGGAUAUACACUUACGCUAUGAUAAGUUACAACAGGUGCAUAAGUUAUUGAAAAGUGAACAUAAUGAGCUAGUUACCGAAUGCCAAAAAAGCAAGAAAGAACUAAUGGAAAAUACCAAUGCUUUGGAAAAGAAACUACAAUCUGUGCGUUCAGAGGCGGAUAAAGAGAAAAAUGUACUCAAUGGGGAGAUUACAUUAUGGAGAGAAAAAUAUAAUUCCAUUGUUGCCGAAAAAGAACGUCUUGAGAUUUUGCUGGACGCGUCUGGCAAAACGGCAGAGUUACAAAGCAAAGUUAUAAACUUGGAACACAUAAUCGCCCAAUAUGAGCAGCACUGUGACUAUAAACCUGAGACCAAAAGUAACAACGAAAAACCUUUGAAUCCGCCAAAUACAUUACGCAACACAAGCCCACGAACGCGCAUAGAGAAGUCCUUUAAUGAACAAGUUCCAGUGAGUGCCGGCUUAUAUCACAUCGAUAUUAAACUAACUAACAAAACGGAAGAAGUUGUUUCGACAAAUACGAAUCAAACUAUUUCGCCCACUAACAAAACUAUAGCUUCAAAUUCUAACGCACCUAAUGUUGAGCAUAAAGAGAAUGAUAAUGAAAAUGUAAUUUUAAAAGCUGGUAGCGAUAUUGUUGCUGGUGGUGUUGGGUUAGACGGUGUUGGCGGCUUUCUGCCUUAUCUUUCACGUAGUAACCGCAGCUUAAUACUAAAUUCUGUUGAAAAUUUUCAGAUUUUACCAAAACCAAUCGAAAAAGUUGCAGAUGGGGCUGAGAGUGAUGGCAAAGUAUUGAAUCAACUACGACAGCCACCGGCGAACCAAUCAGAUGCAUUGAGUAACAACAAAUUAAUUUUACCAUUAAGUGCACCUCGAAAGGCAGCAACUACUGAAGCGUCAAAAUCCGAACAACAUGUACUCGAAGUAAAUGCUCCAAUUAAAGAAAUAAACAAUACAUCUACUACUAGUAGCGCCUUUCCGCCGCUACCAAUGCCACCAAACCCACGUAAAUUACCAGAGAAUGUAGCGCCUAUACCGGCCAAUUUCGAGGAACUUUUGAAGGAAGACAAUGCUAACCUGAAGGCCGACCUUGCGAAAGAGGCAGAUGUAAAUGCGGCAGAAGAGGUGCAAAAGCACGGAAAUGAUGGUGCAAAAAAUAAUAGAUAUGCAAAUGCAAUCAAUGAAAUGGAACCGAAGGCCUCAAAUAAAGAAAAGGUUAUUGCGGCCGCGAAUGCAGCCAACGAGGAUUCCGGUGCGCAUGAAAUCAAAGAUAAUGAGUUCAUAAACGAUCAAAAUUUCAAUUUGCCAGCCAACGAAGAGAAUAAUUUCUUUGAUGGUGGUGUUAAAAAUGAACCGGCUGGCAACGUUGAGGAGAAGCCCAAAGGCGAUGACAAUGAUGAUGACGAGGGGCUUGCGGGCGCGGUAGAUGCAGGAGAUAUAGCGGUUAAAAAUCACAACUUGCUGGAUACCAAUAAUUUAAACAAUGAGGUUGCAGGCGAUCAAGGAAAGGAAUUUCCCGAUGAGUUACGAUUGGAAGAAAACAACGAAGAAGAUGAAGAUGAAGAUGAUUAUUCCAAUCCGGGAGCGCGACAGCAAGGCGAACAAGCAAUUAGAAAUUAGACAAGAAAAACUAAUAGUUUAAUAAAUAAGUAUUUAUAAUAAGCGGCAUUUGCACUGUGCACAUUAACAUUCGAAUAGCUAAAAAACACGAUCCAAGAGAAAAGCACACAUCUCAUUAAGCGCACAUUAACACACAUACACACCAGCCCCAGUUGAAAUGCAAGGAAAUGCAGCUAUUUAAAUAGUAUCCCUUAUCAGGAGCCUUCAAAAUACCCAGUAAAGAUAAUCCAUUAUAAAUUAAGAAAAAGCUUCGAAAAUCCGUAAAAAACUAAAGUGAAUUUAGUAUCUACUAACUAUACAUAUAAAUAUGUACAUGUAGACCUUAGUAGGUCUUUAAAUUUAAGUCACGGUUCCAUAGCUGAUCUGUUUUCACGGUUUUCUGUGAUAGUAUUAAAAGGGUUCUGUAAUAUUUGAGUCUGUUCUCACCUAUGGUGCUCCCAACGUACGUUUUGUUUCCUAUCAAAUAAACUUGCCUGCUUGUAUACAUGCGCAUAACACUUAACAUAUUUAUGCCCUCAUAUCGUCAAAAUUAUAUCGCAUUUUGCUCACUGUUGCAAUAGACAUAUGUAUAACAAUCUAUGUAUAUAAAUAUGUAUGUAUGCAUAUUAUUGGCAGCUAAAAUUAGCGCAUUUUACGAACAAAUAUCUAUUGUAAACUCUUGUUUAGUUGAAUUAAAUAUUAAAUGUAAGAUAAAAAUUUAAUUCAGUCUUAGGUUUGUAAUUUUGUUUGAACUAUUUAAAAUUUUCUAGUUUAUUAAGACAAAUUCAUGCUAAUUAUAGCGGUAAAUUAUCGAUUUUAUUUUUUCUUAGUAUCUUCUAACAUUUAAAACCAGCAGUAGUAUACAGAUACUGAUAUCAUUUAGCGUUUAAGAGAAAGUACUUUUUUGUAAUUAUUGUUGUAUGAUCUUCAUUUUAAAUGUUAAAUUAAAUAUGCUAAGUAAAUUUAUUUUUACUCCCCUA